AUGCCGUCGAUGCACGAGGACGAAAGCGAUGACGAAGUCAUUGGGCCUAUGCCGGCCACAGACACCGCUUCUGAUGCCGAUACCCCCGUGUCUGAAGCUGUACGUGCGUUUGCCGAGCGCGAACAGCGCCAGCGUGAAAUGGCAGAGCAAGAACGGCGUUCCAAGGACACGGCCGCAUCAGCCCGCCCUGACUGGAUGCUAACCAUGCCAUCGAUGAACGAGGCCCGGCCGAUGGGCGGAGGACCUCUCCGUGCUCGUGGAUUCCAGCAAAAUACAGGGCGGGCACAGCAUGUGAGUGGCGAAAGUGCCUCGGAAGCGCAACGUCUCUGGACCGAAACGCCUGCUCAGAGACUGGAGCGAUUGCAGAAAGGCGUGGGCGGCAGUGGCAUUGAUACACCCGAGGACCGCGCGUCCCGGCAGGAACGUGAACGUGCAGCAGCUCGUGAUGCUGCCAUUCGCGAAAAAGUCCAAGCUUUGAAUGCGGAUCGACAGCAAAGCUUGCUGGAGCAGUAUCAGUCGCGCAGGCGCGAUGAGCUGAAGAGGCACACAUCUACAUCGUCGCCCUCUCAUGAUCGCGAUCCUGAUGAGGAUCGAUCUCAUCGACGCCGGCACCAUGAGCACCACCGGCAUUCGUCCUCAGACCGAAGUCGAGGACAUGACGAGGAUCGAUCGCGGCAUCGUCACCAUCGAUCCCACCGUCGGCGAGAUGAGGACAGCGACGAGCGACAUUCACGUCAUCGCUCGCGCCAUCGCGAUCGUGAUCGUACGAGCUCGCGGUCCCGCUCGCGCUCGCCCCCUCGUAAGACACGUGCACAGCGUGAAGAAGAAGAUCGGCAAGCCCAUGGCGAGUAUGCGCCUCUGUUGUUUGAUAAAGACAAAGUGCUGGGCGCAGGCUCACGAUUGAUGGAUGAGCGUACGCGGUCACGCUCUAUUAAAGAUGCUACGCAACUCUCUACGCGCUUUUCUACGGGACAUUCGGGUUCCUUCCUGUAA